AUGGUCGCUCUCGUUACCUUAGGAGCGCUCUUCGCCAGUGUAGGGCAGACCUACGCGCAAACAGGGGUAACGGUGAAGGUUGCCUCUCUACUGCAACAGAUAGACGGCUUUGGCGUUUCUCAAGCAUUUGGCCGCGCCGCUGAAUUUAGGGACUUGCUCUCAGGGGAUCCUCAGCAGCAGGGCCUUGACUACUUAUUCAACACCACCAUAGGCGCCGGAUUUACGAUCAUUCGCAACCGUAUUGGUUCGGGUACAACUGAUGAUGACAGUAUCCUUCCAAAGAGUCCGGGCGGCCCUAGCGCGGCUGCAAAUUAUAGCUUCAAUGACGAUGACCGUGGCCAGGUCUGGUUUAGCCAGCAGGCAAUGAAGUACGGCGUGAAGACUAUCUAUGCAGACGCAUGGAGUGCGCCUGGGUUCAUGAAAACGAACAAUAAUGAGAACAACGGCGGUUAUCUAUGUGGAACUCCUGGUCACACCUGUUCUUCAGGGGACUGGCGUCAGGCCUACGCCGACUUCCUGGUUCAGUACGUAAAGUACUACAAUGCUCGCGGCAUCCCUGUUACUCAACUCGGUUUCUUGAAUGAGCCCGACUACGUUACAAGUUAUUCAUCGAUGCAGUCUGGUGCUAACGAAGCCUCGUCGUUCAUCCCUAUCCUAUACGAGACCCUUGAAAAGAACGGUCUUAACAAUGUGUCCCUGGCUUGUUGUGAUGCAAUGGGCUGGAAUUCGCAGAAAAGUAUCACCCAAGGGCUCGUCUCGGCGGGUAUGGAGAAAUACUUAAAAUACAUAACCAGCCAUAUGUAUUCGAGUGACCCGAACUCGGUCAUAUCUACAAACCUUAAGACCUGGCAGACUGAAGCAGCUGAUCUGCAGUCACGGUGGUGCGCGACUUGGUACAGCGGCGGGGGCCAAUGCGAGGGUUUCACAUGGGCCAGCAAAAUUCACAACGGCCUCGCAAACGCUAACCUGAGUGCAUACAUAUACUGGCAAGGUGUAGAAGUGAACCAAUUUCAAGCUUCUUCAUAUCUUGUCGCGAGCGAUGGUAAGACGCUCACUCCUUCCGGACGUCUUUGGGCCUUUGCAAUGUGGUCACGGUUUGUACGCCCCGGGGCCUACCGUGUGAGCACGUCGGGUACUGUAUCUAGUACCGGGAUCACUGCGUUCAAGAAUACGGAUGGUUCCGUUGUUGUCGUUUUCCUAAAUUCCGGGGGGUCACAGCAGACUGUCAAGGUUUCAUUUAGCGACUUUACACCCGCAGCUGCCGAGGCUUUCGUGACAGAUAACACUCGGUCUGUGGCUUCUAUAGAGGCAACUGUCUCUGGUGGCACGGUCACAGCUUCUGUCCCGUCACGCGGAAUGCUCACCAUCAAGCUAGCUGCUGCUGCUGCUGCUGUAGUCUAG